GCAGCGGCGCGGCCUCAGCGUCUCAGUGCGCAGGCGCCAGCCGCAGAGCGCGCAGGCGCCGCCUAGAAGUGACUUCUCCAAAAAGUGUCUUAGUUCCCGGUCACCUGAGCGCCGGGGACGCGGCUGCGGGAGCUCCGGACGUGCGGGAGCUCCGGACGUCCACGCCCUCCGCAGGUCCGGCCGGACAGUCCUACGCCGUUGCUGCCGUGUGUCCAGUCCGCCACUUCAAACCCUUCAAGGCUCUGUCUUUCCCCUCCUCUUCUUUGGCAGUCACAGGCCGAACCGGGCCGAGCCGGGCCGAGCCGGGGCGCGGUCCCUGACCAUGGCGUCCCUCUUCAAGAAGAAGACGGUGGAUGAUGUAAUAAAGGAACAGAAUAGAGAAUUACGAGGGACGCAGAGAGCUAUAGUCAGAGACCGAGCAGCUUUAGAGAAACAAGAGAAACAGCUGGAAUUAGAAAUUAAGAAAAUGGCCAAGAUUGGUAAUAAAGAUGCUUGUAGGGUUUUAGCCAAGCAACUUGUGCAUCUAAGGAAACAGAAAACAAGAACUUUUGCUGUAAGUUCAAAAGUCACUUCUAUGUCCACACAAACGAAAGUGAUGAAUUCUCAGAUGAAGAUGGCCGGAGCGAUGUCUACUACAGCGAAAACAAUGCAAGCAGUUAACAAGAAGAUGGAUCCACAGAAGACAUUACAAACAAUGCAGAAUUUCCAGAAGGAAAACAUGAAAAUGGAAAUGACUGAAGAAAUGAUCAAUGACACACUCGAUGACAUCUUUGAUGGCUCUGAUGAUGAGGAAGAAAGUCAAGAUAUUGUGAACCAAGUUCUUGAUGAAAUUGGGAUUGAAAUCUCUGGAAAGAUGGCCAAAGCUCCAUCAGCUGCCCGAAGCUUACCAUCCGCCUCUACUUCAAAGGCUACAAUCUCCGAUGAAGAGAUUGAACGACAACUGAAAGCAUUAGGAGUUGAUUAGUUAAAAACACUCAAUUUUUUUUUGCUUACUGAAAAUCAUUAAGUAUAAACCAGGCACACACACAAACACACACCACCAUGAGUAAACAGUUAUUUGCAACAUGGCUAUAAUGAAAUUUUUGCCAAAGAAUGACAAUGAUGCAAAAAUUGGAACAGUUUGAAUUAUAACUAGAACUACUUAGAAGUGAUGAUAUAUAAAAUGUUGACUUCAUUGCUGCAUGGUGUAGAGAAAGUAUCUUCAUUACUUAAGUGUCAGUUUCUAGGUUCUAUAUCUUUUUACACUGAAUAAGACAACAACAACAACAAAAAAACCUCAUUAAAUGCCAGUAACACUAACUUAAAAACAUGUAAAAUAUUAAAAUUGAUCGUCAAUUCCAUAUAUGUUGCUUGUCUUUUGUAAACAGUUACAUGUUUUGACCAUGGAUGGUCCAGUUGCCAAAUUCUUUCUAAGGGAUCUAAAAGAAGAAUGCUAUUUAAACAUUUGUGUUAAACAAAAUCUGUCAUGAGCUUUCUUUUUCCUUUGGGAGUACAUUGUGAUUGGUAAGUGUAUUACAUUCCAGGAUGCGCUCUGCACCUGCCUUAAACUGCACAAGCAUUUUGUGCACAUCUUUAGAUUAUUUUAAUGGGCAAAAAAGAAUACAUUUUACAAUUGAGGCCUCAUACACAAAAAAAUCCAGGUUUUCUUUUGUAAAGCUUAUAAAAGUGAUUGAGUUGAAUAUAAUUAGCCAAAAAGGACUCCUGUAUUAAUGACAUUUGGUAGUAAUAAAACAUUAAAUUUAUUCUGUUUGCCAUGUGAGGACAUGUGAUUUGCAUGUGAAUUUCGCCAUGUGAAUUACAAUUUAAUGUCCAUGUAAUUUUGAAGCAUACUGUUGUAUAUAUUGAUCCCUCUAAAUUGAAGCCAUUAUUCUCUUUUAAGUACUUGCUACUAUGAUAACUUGGUUUAAAUUUUUAAAAUAAAAAGUACCUUUUUUGUAA